CUCGCCGCCCCACAGCACCAACCACCACACACACACACACACAGGCAGACAGCAUCUCCCUCCCUCGCCGCCGCCGCCGCAUCCCACUCCCAAUCGAAAACCCUCGCCGGCAGCUUAGGAAAAAAGCUCACCGUCGCCCACCAUCCACACGCGGCCAUGGACGAACCUUGCGUCGGGACUAGCAUGACCGAGUUUGCGCGUCCCGACGACGUGAAGUCCAUGACGAACUUCGAAAUCGGGCGCACCUGCCAAUGCAUCCCGGAUCCGCUCAUCUCCAUACCCGGCCCCCUCUCGCUCUCCAGCGCGCCGUGGAUCCCCCAUGGCGCCGACCGCAUCAGCUGCUUACCCGACGCCAUCCUCCGCAACAUCGUCGCUCGGCUCCCCCCCAAGGACGCCGCGCGCACCGCCGUCCUCGCCUCGCGCUGGCGCCCCCUCUGGCGCUCGGCGCCGCUCGUUCUCAUCGACACCCACCUGCUCCCGGACUACGGCGCGCGCGGGCCGCUCAUCGUCGGCGCCCGCUAUCCCCGCGCCGUCACCGAUGCAGUUUCUCGCAUCCUGGCGACGCACCCGGGGCCUUUCCGCUGCGUUCACCUCACCUGCUCGGUCAUGGACGAGCACCAAGACGAGCUGGAGAGCUGGCUCGACAUCCUCGCAGCCAAGGGCGUGCAGGAACUGGUCUUUGUGAACCGGCCGUGGCCGAUUGAUCUGGAUCUCCCUGCCACGAUUUUCCGGUGCACCUCUCUUGUCCGUCUGUAUCUUGGGUUUUGGCGGUUUCCAAACACCGACGGCGCCAUCCCACGCCCGGCUGCUUUUCCGAAUCUUCGAGAGCUCUUCCUUUCCUGCACUACCGUGAAUGAAUGGGACAUCGCCUUCAUGCUUGAAAAAAGCCCUGUACUAGAGCUACUUAUGAUUUCCGGGCGCCCAGCUUUCUCCACUCUUCACCUUGCAAGCGACAGUUUGCGGUGCGUUUUGAUUCCCGUGACUUUCUUUGAUGAAAUCGUUGUGGUCAACUGCCCACGCCUUGAGAGGCUAUGCCAAUGUGCAUUUGUGAUACCCACUAAGUUGACGAUUGGCCAUGCACCCAAAUUGUGUGCAUUUUGGGAUACUUAAAGGCUGGACGAAACACCAUCUCUGUGACUGAAGAUGAGUGUCCCACUCUCCCAAACGUGAAGAUAUUUUCAAUAGGGGUGGAGUUUCAAGAUGAUCAAGACGUGGAGAUGAUUCCUAGCUUCAUUUCUAUUUUCCCCAACCUGGAAACUCUUCAUGUCCAUUCCGCAGAAGGACAUCAAAUUGGUGCAAGCGUCAAUUCCAAGUUCUGGCAGGAGGGCGAUCCCAUUAAAUGUAGCUUGCAGACAUUGAGGAAUGUGUUCUUCUACGAGUUCCGAGGGUCGAGAAGUGAGAUUGACUUCCUCAAGUUCAUCGCUGAGGGAGCUGGGAUGCUGGAGAAGUUAGUGGUUCGAGUGGCCGGUGAAUGCUCGUCUUCCUUGAGUGUGGCUACCAGUCUGAACUUUCUCAGGUUUCGAAGCACAGUUUGCCGAUGUGAAGUCCUUCCGUGCCCAGGCUUGAGAGUGAGAACGCCACGGUACAAGUACAAAGCUUCCUAUGAUCUAUCUCUUAAGGACCCUUUGGAGAUGCCGUACGUAGUGGUACCACAAAUGUUUCGUUAAAGUGUUCGAGUUAGUCAGUAGCAGAUCGGUGAAGACUAGUAGCACUCCAACUUUUUGUUCUGAAUGUGUUUCUCAGUGACUUUUAUAUUGUAUGCUUAGCCUAUGGAUUCUUGCACAAUUUUGCACCAUCUUGAAUUCUGCAAGACUUGAGGCUUGUGCGGGAUCAUCCGAAUUGUAUUGUAUAUGAACUUGACAGAAAUGCUCA